GAUAGCUGUGAGUUAUUGAGGGAAAAAAAUCCGCCAUGGUUUGCAAAUUGAUUAUCAGGGAUAAGCAUUAUCUAUUUAUUUAUUUAGGAAAUGGUUUUAAAAUAAAUUAUAAGCAAUAUAUAAAUGUGAAACUGCCAAAAUACUGCAGUGAAGACGCAUAGUGCCCCCUAUAAAGCCAAUAUUUCUUGUCAUUUUGCUUUGCGAAAGGAAGAUGGCGUUGGCUUCUGUAUGCUGAGAAGUUUCGGCACAUAAAGUUAAGAUUGAGAAGUAAAAAAUAGAGCGGCGAGAGAGAGAGAGGGAGAUCGAUGGCUGGAGUUUAGUAACAGAAGUAUUUUUUGUUGACAUAGAGAUGGAGACGGAUUAGUUAUUGUAGUAUCCAAUUUCUCUUUUUUCAACUUCUUGUUUUUCAAGUUCUGAGUGAAGACUAAAUGGAUUCUUCUGAGGCUACAAAGGUUGUAAUCGAGAGAAUUUCGAGGCUGGAACCCGAGCAUGUUGCAAAGAAGAUAAUCGGAUACAUGUAUUUUCAAGGCCUUUCUGACCAAGAAAUGAUUAGAUUAGCCUUAGGCCCUGAUAGCUUAAUCCAUAACUUGAUACAGAAAGCUAAAACUGCACGUUUAUUAGCCCCAUCACAAGUUAUUUCACCUCCAAUUUCCCCCACCAUGAAUCCACCCUCUUUAUCAGAUCCUUCAUUUCAGUUUGCUCCCUUUCAAUCAGUUUCCCCUCGUCCAUUUCCAUCUCCAACUGCAUUUCGGAGGAUGGAUCCUUACUGGGAUGCUCAGUUACCUGUAGAACAACCAACAAUGCAGAAUGCCCCUUUGAAGCUUAUGCCAUAUUCUGACUAUAUAGGAUUCGAGGAUACAUUAGAUGUUGGAAAGCCCGGGGCUUCGAGUUUUCCGAAUGAUUACUAUUGCCCUGAAGCUGCACUCAACAGUUUGAGUACCAGGGGUGCUAGAAGCUCUUCUAACUUGAUGGCUUUUCCUGUCAAGACUUGUCAUUAUUUCAUCAAAGGUUUUUGCAAGCAUGGCAAUAACUGUAGGUAUUAUCAUGGGGAGUCGUUUCCGGAGACUCUUCCCCAUGCUUUUGGUCUUAGUUCAUAUGAUGUAGCUGGAGACGAGGGGUUCUUACCGGGGUCACUUGAGAAGCUUGAAUUAGAAAUUACUGAGCUCUUGAAAUCUAGAAGGGGGCAUCCUGUUUCCAUUGCUUCUCUGCCCAUGCUGUACUAUGAAAAAUAUGGGAAAACUCUGCAAGCUGAAGGGUACUUGACUGAGAGCCAGAGACAUGGUAAAGCUGGUUAUAGCUUGACAAAACUUCUUGCUCGGCUGAAAAACAGUAUUCGUCUCAUUGACAGGCCUCAUGGGCAGCAUGCUGUGAUCCUGGCUGAAGAUGCUGCAAAGUAUAUGGACAUUCGCGCUGAAAGAAAUGAUCCUGGUCCAAUUGUUAGUGGCUCGCGUCAAAUUUAUAUGACUUUUCCAGCUGAGAGCACCUUUACUGAAGAAGAUGUUGCCAAUUACUUCAGUAACUUUGGACCGGUGCAGGAUGUGAGGAUGCCGUGCCAGCAACAACGAAUGUUUGGUUUUGUAACUUUUGUCAGUGCAGACACUGUGAAGUUAAUUUUGUCCAAGGGAAACCCCCACUAUGUGUGUGGUGCUCGUGUUCUUGUUAAACCAUAUAGAGAGAAGGCAAAGCUUGUUGAGAGGAGAUACUUGGAAAAUUUUGAUCAUCAAGUUUUUUUCCAGUCACACCCUACAGAUAUAGACUCAGAGCUUCAAACUGGCUGGGAUUCAUCAAGGCUGUUCCCAUGGCAGCUAAUGGAAGAACAGGAACACACAAUUGAAGUCGAGGCAAUGCGCCUUGCACAGCUCCAGUUAGCUGGCAGACCUAUAACCAGCCAGUCUAUCUUUGGUUAUUCCAUGGAUGAGCUAAAAGUGCCUGAAGGUCACCCCAAAUUUCCAUCAAGAGAACAAUUCAAUUAUCUGUUGGGCGUUUUGAACAGUGGCUCUACCAGUGAUGAUAACCCCAAGUAUCCAGUUAACAACUGUGGUGAUCAGGAGAGCGCUCAAGGAGUUAGUCUACCGGAUAGCCCUUUUGCCUCUGCGGUGGCCAGCAGCAUUUCAGCAGUUAUAUAGUUGAAGAUACAAGAUUAUAGAGCUUAUAGAGAGGUGCUGGUUUUAGAAGGCAACACCACUAGUCAACACAAAUACACUUAAAUUUUUCUGCCACUCAAAGUUAUGCUGCAAGUAUACAUCGUUAGUCAAUACAACAGAAUCAUGUCCUCCCCACUGAUUGGGUUGAAGGAGUUAGGAAAUGCAAUACAGAGAAAAGUACAUCACAUGUAAGCAAGUACUGAUUUUCUUUUCGUUCAAGUCGUCUCUCUGCUGAAGAAGAAUAUAGGGAUCUAGUUUUUUCUGAUGAAGAAAUGUAAUAUAGGAAGUUAGGAAGGUAGCAGAGAUGUGAUAAAAUGGUCAUACAAGGUAAAUAACUUAUUUACAGGUGUACGUAUGAGUAGUUUAACAAAUCUAAGGACAUUAUCAAUACAUAUUUCUCCUUUGUCUGCUUC